AACAAUGUAAUUUAUUUCAAAUUUUGAUUUAGUUAAGUCUUUCAUCUAUAAUUUCUUUUGUUAGUGUGUCCAUUUUUUGUCAAAAACCAACAUGCACUAUUUUGGGUAUAGAUUUUUACACGUUCAUCAGAUUUUGAAAAAACUUACAUUUUUAGAAACUAGACUCCAUUCUACACAAUUUAAAAAAAAAAAGUUUUGAUUUUUGAUUAGUUUUCAAUGAUUUUAGGGGGGAGCACGCUCAAAUUUCUGUUUUUCAAGAUGUGUCCACUUCGAAAAUUAGUAAAAAAUCAUAUACUCGUAAAAAAAUUAGCUGAAAAAUCUGGCAUAAACUACAAGGUGUUAGCUAACUUUUCACCGAAGUGAUUUUAAAUUUUUUUUAAAAAAGUUAACAUUCUAGGGGGGCCACAACAGACGCUAUGUUAUGUUUUUUGCAUAAUAACAGGUUCACUUUUUGUGGCCCCCCUUUUUGAAGCCCUUAAUCUCCACCAUUUUAAAAAAAAAUUAGUAGUUUAGAAAGUAGACUCGAAGCACUCUGACUCUUGUUCUUGUUGCAUCUUCAAAUUUGGAGUGUAACUAUCUUCAAUUUGUCGUUGAAGUUCAGACUUUGCUGAUUUCAAAAAAAAAGUGGCAUCUUAAGACCCCCUUUUGGUACCACAACUUGGUGCACAUACCCCCCUUUGAAUUGUGGAAAAACUUUUGGCUGUCUUCCUAACUUCAACCUUCUCUAACCUAGCCAAGAAAUCAGCCGUGUCAUCUUCUUUCUGAACUUCCAUUGGUGCCUUUACUUUCAUUCUUUCUUUUAACCAAUUAGGAAUUGUGGGUUGUUCAAUACCUUCCUCCUCCUGAUUACUUUCUUCACACGGAUUAUCCUCGACCCCUUGAAGAGCAUAAAUCUUUCCCUCUUGGAAUCCCUCGUCUAGGAUAUCCAUCUCAUCAUUCUCUGACUCAAUUAUUUUUGUGUUUGAAGGAGAUGGGGUUUUUUGAUUCUCUUGUUGAAUUGAUUCAAUAUUCUCUUCAUGGAUUGGAGAAGGAAUCUUCAUUUCAGCCAUUAGCUCAUCCUCAAUAAUUAAUACACCGUUCAAUAUUUAAUUCAUACUUCUUUGCUUCAUCUCUUGCACUUGCUGAUCAGCCCACCAUUGUGUAUAUUUGACAACUGGCCGCAUUGGGGUGGCCAAAUCUGCAAGUUCUUGUUCCGACCAUCUCACCAGAGAAACAAGCCUAUUUUCAUCAUAGCGUGGCUUAGUGUAUUCUUCAUCAUCCUCCAGUUGGUCAGGCACACAGAAAAGCUCAAAUGUUUUGAUCAAAUUUAUAGUUAAUCUUGACCAUAGUCUUUUCGUAAUAUCGAAUUUAUCAAUAGCAUUUACCCAAAAAUCUUCAAGGUCCACCCUAUGCCUGUAUUUCUGUCCAUUUACCAAUCCAAUGUGAUUGUGGGGAUCAAAAUUAGCUCUAGAUCGGUAGAAGAUGAAUGGAUACCACUGCAUCUCCAGCCUUGCACCUUCAGCUGCUUGUGUCGUUGAACAUGAUUCCAGCAUAUUUCUAAUAAAAAAUGGAAAGGAAAUUGCAGUCUUAUGCUUUGCUUUUUGGAAGCCCUCAUAUGUUUCCAAUUGCCUUAGAACUUCAAGCAAGAUCAUUCUAUUGGUGGGAUAUAUCGGAAGCCUGUAAGGGCAUCCGAUAAAUCCUUGACCUCUUAAAUAUGUGAAUCUUGGAUACUGAAUGAACUAGGAUCUAUAUUUGCUUACCAAGUCCUUGGUUUUCUGAGUGAGCCUCUGAUGAGUUCCUCUCUGCAUUAUCCUAGUGAUGUACAUUAAAAAUGCAUUGUUCACUCGUUUGAAAUGGGUUUUUUCAUGAAGUUGCAGCUGUGGGUAACAAUCAUAAUCUUUGAAUUCAUUCUCGCCAUUACCUACUACACCCUUGCAAAUCAAUCCGAUGUAUCUAUAAUUUCUUGCUAGUAGGUAAAUAAUGUAGGAACUCAUGUAGGACCUUGUCCUUUCCAAAUUUCUCAGUUGCUCGUCUAGGUUAUUGCUGAUUAUCCUAGCCCAAUUGAACAUGUUGACCCCUGCAGUAAUCUCAUCCAUAAAAUAAUACAUCCAAGUCUCAAAUGGUGCACCUUGAGGGCUGCCGAUGACUUUAUUCAACAACAAAAUAAUUUCCCCAUAAUCCUCCUUGAAAUCAGUGCGAAGAAGCCUCUUUGGCAUCUUUUUAUAAGUGGGCCUUGGCUUCUCCAACCACAACUUAUUGAUAGUUGUUGCACAAGGUUCAAGCUGAUCCUCAUAAAUUUUUGUGGUUUCCUCCUUAGUUUCGAAUGAAGUUCAGAUGUAGCUUGGAAUUUUGAAUCCCUCCUGGAUAGCCAAUUCUUCGAGGUAAGCCAAUACUCUCAUGUCCGGUGCAACUAUCUUCCUUUCUUGGACAUUAUAGUGCAUUGCACAUUCAACCAUUAGCUCAGUGCAUUCCACAAUUGGUGGAAAUCCAGCUGCCUAGACUAUGCCAUUCCUCAUCAUUCGUCAAGCAAUUGGUGUGGGUAAGUAUCCAUCCUUCCCAUCCAUUCUCCUUCUAAAGUCGUUGAAAUCCACGUGACCAAGGUUGGUGUCUCCAACCUUUUUCCACUUUGAAGUGAUGUUGGACUUGGGUUGCAUUCCUUUGUUGGAAAAUUUCAUUUGGACUUUUCUUGAAAGCCCUCCCUGACUGGUCAUCAACUACCUGCAAGAAACAUGGAAAAUUAACAUUCCUUUCAAUAAAAUUCAAAAUUUUAAUCCUGGUUUUGUAUUCUUUUGUCCUAAAUUUUGACCUUCAGCCUGUUAUAAGAUAAAUAUCUGUGAAGAAAUCAGACUGAAACAUGGAAGAAAUCUGCUCAACACUUGACAAAAUUCAUGAAAAUAAGUGUUUGGGACAGAAAGAGUGAAGGAAAACAAUCAAAAACUCAGGUUUUGAACUUUUGAAAUUUGAUUGAUUUCUGAUGAAAAUAUGCCUUCACUUCUGAAAAUUCUUGACUAACUUCUUCUUCCCUCAGAAAAUUCACUUUUUACCCUUCAAAAAUAUUCCUUCCUUGAACCUGGGAAAGAGAGACCUUUCACUUUUGAACUUGAGAAAGAAUGAGAAUGAAAAUGACAAAUGGAAAUUGAUAUAAGGUUGAGAAGUUCGAUCCUUUUUAGUAUCUUUACAUUUUUGGUAGAUUUAUCGAACCUGGUCCUCUUCUCAUCUUUCUCGAAAUGGCAUUUCAAUCCCUUCAAAAGACUUCAAAAGAAAGUUUCUAUUUUGCGUUUGGCGCCAUUUCACACCUUAUCAAUGCGUGUUUUAGGAAAUUUCUCUAAGUGUUGGGUGAAUUUUUGAAAAAUAUCAAAGUGUCUAGGCGAAUUUCCUCGUAACUUUCCAAACUUGGUCAAACGUUUGCCUAGGUCAGACUUACUAUGUGUUAGGACAUUUCGUUUAUGACCAUGGCAAACUUUAUGUGGCCUUAGGCCAUUCCUUCUCCUUGUUUUUGCGGACUUUGAAUGCUUCCAUGCCAUUUCUAACCCUUUGGCGGACUUUGAAUGUAUCAUGCCAUUAUGGGGGGACUUUACCCUUAGUCAAGACAUUCCUCUUAUCAUGCUUGGGUGGAGUUCAUGCCUUGGCAAGACAUUUCCUUGCUUUGUCUUGGCAGAGUUGGCUAGGUGUUAUGCCACUUUGAUGUUUUUCCUAGGCGGACUUGACACUUAGUCAAGACAUUACCUUCAUGUGGCAUGGUGAACUUCACCCUUAAGACAUUUCUUCCUUUACUUGGGCGGAAUCUAGCAUGGUACAAGACACUCCCAUCUCCCUCCAUGGCAGACUUGACACUUUGGCAAGCCAUUUGCAUGAUUUGUCUAGGUGGACUUUGCUCUUUACUAGGACAUUUCUUGCUUUUCUCAACUGGACUUUGUUAUGGCUUGUGACAUUGCCAUUUCCAUCAUGGCGGAGUUUGUAUUGGCUUGAGACAUGGUUAUCCCCAUUUAGAAACUUUUUCUUUGCCAUUUACACUUGAUGGAUUUCUCGAUGAUUUUCCUUAAUUUCUUCACCUUGGAGGUACAAAUUUUCACUUUGAAGACAAGAACUGACCAAACCCUAGAUCUCCUUUCCAAAAAUAGAAAAAGCAACGUUCCCUUAAAAAAUAGGAAUUUUUUAAAAAAAUAGCCAUUCUGGGGAUCAGUCCCAAAGUUCCAAAAGCAAAACUUCCUAAAAAAUAGGAAAAAUCAAAAACACAAACUUUCCAAAAAUAGAAAGUUGUCCAUUUUGGCUCAAAUCAAUGACAUUUUUCGUCCCUCGGGCCUUCUAAGCACUUUGAUGGUGUCCAAACACUAUUCUGAUGACUGACUCCCUAAUUGACUUGGAUGACCACUCAAAAACUCUGACUCCAGAUUCUCAAAGAUUGGCGACUAAGAACCGUAAAAAGCAAAAGCAACCAAGGGUCCUGUUGUGAGGUAUUCACACAUCGCCCCAUUGCAAAUGGGUACCCCCACUUUUUGCUUUCUAGGUUGUCUUAGAGUCUUUGCUAUUAAUCUUUGCAUUGAAGGGAUAGAGUUUCUCAAGUAUUUAGAGGGUCAUCAUGUCAGGUUGGUCUCCUGAGUCGAGUGAAGUAAGUCAUCAAGGUGGCAAGAAUGAACUUUGUCCAAAGUCAAGUAUGUACCUUGUCAAGGAUCCAGAGCGAAUUUCCAAGUUAUGUCCUUGGAGAGGUCCUAGAGUGAACUUUUUCACCUUGACCCUGUCCUUGCUAAGGUCCUUGAGUGAAUUUUUGUUUCUUCUAAGGGUCCUAGAGAGAACUUGUUUCUUCUAAGGGUCCUAGAGCGAACUUGUUUCUUGUCCUUGCCAAGGUCCUUGAGUGAAUUUUUGCCAAGUAUGCACCUCACAGAGACCUUAGAGCGAAUUUGAAGAUGUGUAUCUUAGAAGGACUUUAGGGCGAAUUUUGUCCAAUUGAUGUACCUUGGAUAAGUCUUAAAGCAAAUUUUCUCCAUAAUUAUGUGUGUAUCCUUUGAAGGACACAGAGCGAAUUUUCAUCUUCAAGCCUGUACCUUGCCAAGGGACAAGAGCGAAUUUUUUUUAAGUCAUGUGCCUUGCAAGGUAUCAAGGGCGAAUUUGUCCAAGUGAGGAUUGAGAAAGUCUUGGAGAGAUUUUGAGCAAAUUUGUUGAAGUCAUGAUUUGAGAUUGAACUUUUCCACUUAACCAUUUACUUUGCCUAGAGCUUGGGGUGAAAAUUUUCAUUAAGAGAUAUAUGUACCUUACACAAGGCCUAGAGCGAAUUUUGCUUCAAAUCAUGUCCCUGGAAAGGACAUGGAGCGAAAUUCUCAUUAAGACCCUGUCCUUCCAAAGGAAAUGGAGUGAAAUUCUCAUUUAGACCCUGUCCUUGGAAAGGACAUGGAGCAAAUUUUUUCACGAAGGCAUGUCCUUCCAAAGGACAUAGAGCAAACUUAAAAGUCAUGUUCUUUCAAAGGACCAAGAGCGAAAAUUUUCCAAGACAUGUUCUUCUAAGGGUCCUAGAGAGAACUUGACCUUGUCCUUCCAAAGGACCUAGAGCGAACCUCUUUUAAGAUGGCGUACCUUACUAAGGUUCAAGAGGAUUUUCAUUUUAGGUCCUGUCCUUGCCAAGGACAUGGAGCGAACUUUUACCUUGACCUUGUCCUUGCUAAGGACAUGGAACAAACUCUUUUGUCUUUGUUUCUUGUCCUUCCAAUGGUCCUAGAGCGAAUUUCUUAGUCUUGUCCUUCCAAGGGUCCUAGAGCAAAUCAUGUGUGUACCUUGCAAAGGACCCAAAGCGAAAUUCAUCAAAGGCAAACAUUUUGGCAUCAAAAUCAAUUCCAUUUGAAUUGCUAAAAGGGAGAACUCUAAUGUGUUAAGUUGGCCAGCAUGAGGAAGAUAAUUUGUUUUAUUUUUGCUAGAUUAUGUCGGCCUUACACUCCAAAGGACACCUCUUUUACCCUAAGUGCCUAUAAAAGAAGGAUCAAGAUAUUCAUUUUAACUAUCAAUUCAAGCAUUUUCUUCUUUUCAAGCGCGAAUUUGAGAGCAGGCUGAGCAAACUUCUCCUACAAGGAAGUGAAUUUGAUCUAUUCAUGAGCGAAUUUCAUCAAAACACAAAGGCGAACUUGGACAUUAAAAGUGCAAACCUGAGGAUCAAGAGAAACAAAUUUAAGCAUUAAAGAUACAGAUCUGAUGUUUAGAAAGUCAAAUUCACCUUAAAGCACCUGAAUUAAUCAAAGAGAAAGCGAAUUGUACUCAGUUGGGAGACAUAUCAAUCAGUAAAUUCGAUCAUUAAGGCAGCCCAGAUUUGCCCUAGGACAUUAAGUUUGCCUUCCAUGCAGUGAAUUCAUUGAUUGUUGUCAGUCCUUUGAUCAGAUUUAGAAAGUGUAGGAUUUUGCCAAGAUCAAGGGCACAAUGAAAAGCAUAAAAAGAGACAAAAGAAUGACAAGAACAAACUUUAUUCUCAUCAAUAUGCAAAUGAUCAACUGGAUUAACCAAUACAAUGAAUAUAGGCUUGCUUAUAUAGGUGUGUGGGGGAAAAAGCGAGACUAGGUCAUCAUGCCCUAAUCCUACCUCUUGUCACACAUUACGGAAUACGAAAGAGCCUAGAGGUAUCGCACAAUUGGCUACUUUUUUUUGUGAAAGAGAGAGCCACGGGCUACCUAUUAGGGUUUCUAUUCCUUUGUUGUAAUUGAAAGGUAAGAUUAUGCAAGUUCAAUUCCUAACCCUAAAAUGCAAGUAUAAGCUAACAACAAGAUUGCAGAAUUGAACUUAAACAAUGGAAAGCUGAAACACAAGGAUAAAACAAGAAUGCAAAUGCGUACCUGGAGUCAAAAUUUAAGUGGAAAUGUUCGGGACGGGGGCGCGGGCGCCACUGUCCUGAUUCUGCACCUGAAACUGCACUUGAAAUUGCUGUUUUGCACUCUGGAAACUGUCUGAAAUGCUGUCUGUCCGGAGGACCAGGGCGCCCAGCGCCUCUGUCCCAGGGACCAGGGCGCCCAGCGCCCCUGUCCCAGUCCUUUGCUCUGCAAUUUGAUGCAAAGUGCUGUCUUGACCUGUUCUCUCCGGAUCUGUAUCCUGCGGCGUCGUCCGAGUCUUGAAACCUGCACUUAUAUCUGAAAAAGGGUGUAUGGGCGGCUAUAUAGGGUUUUGCCUUAGUCAAACCCCCGCUUCGGUGAUUUCCACCUCCACGAAUAGCCAAGUUGUUUUGUAAAAUGUAUUGUGUGUGCAGACCUAGUGUGUGUGCAAGGUCCUAAAAUGCAAGAAAGCAAACUAGAGCAACCUAGAAAGUAAACCCUAAUUGCUUGUAAAUGAUAAUGUAAAUGCUCUAAAUCAAGAUGCAAAGUGAUCUAAAGCAUGAAUAAAUGAGAUAUUGAAGCUUUAUGCAAAGACAUGAAAACAACAUGAAAUCAUACCCAACCCUCAAGGGAGAGGUACAAGCCAAUCUUCAGUCGGUAAUCUCCUAUUGUUCUUCAAUGUCUUCCAAGCCCUAAAUGGAUGAAUGGAAUUGAUAAAUGCUUGAUAGAGGGAUGUUGUAAGAGGUUGAAGUCUUCAAAGAUCUGCUCUUUCGCUGCAUAUGAGGUUCCUGGAAAACAAAAAUCCGGAUCCUUUCAAAUGAAGAAAGAGAGCUCUUAUGUAUGAAACCCUAGGUCGCAAUUUCGUCUUUUGGCCGACCUAGAGAUCGAAUAUCCCGCCAAUUUCUUGGGGUUAAGCUUUAUUUUAUGAUUGGAUCGCGCUCCUAAAAUUUCGGGAAAAAUGUCCGGGACCGUGUGCACUCCGGGCGCCAUGGUCCCGGCAACUUUUCACCAAAUUUUCAAGGCCGUCAGAUAUGAUGAUUUUAGAGAGAAUCCCGAAGUUACAGGUGAUUUCGAGAUGUUUUGACCCCCGAAAUCAAGCCCCCAAGCUCAGAAUAGGGCCUAAUUAGGGUUUUUGAUUAAGUGAUGUAUUGGAGGAAUAAAAUGAAAGGGGCACACUUUAAUGAAAGGGCCCGACUUUAUGAUGUGGAAAAUGAUGAAAUAGAACCUUUAGACCUAAUUAAUUUGAUUAAUUAAGUGCUAAAGGGGAAAUGUAAUGCAAAAUGCACCUGCGCCAAGGCGGGUGCUAAACUAGGUGUUAAAUUGUACCGCUUUAGCAAGUGCGUACAAUUUAUGACGUUACAUUUAGCCCCCACUUUAGCGGUCAUAUGAGUACUACGUGCAUAUGCAAGCUAAAGUACAGAAAAGUAAACAUCAUUUGAAAAAAGGAUAUAUCCAUAAGUUGUCGGACGAAGCCCCCAGCGGUAUCUGCAGUACACAGUUAGGAACCGCACCCUACAAAACACACGUUAGAUCACAAAAAUCACCUAAUGCUUACUAAGGAAAGUGAUGAAAUUUGUGAGUAGCUGUAUGCCCCCCCUGUUUCGACUUGCUUAUUAGGGAGGUGAAACAGGGUAGCAUGUUUACUUACGACAAAUUGUGUAAGAGAGUAUUGAUGAGGGAUGUUCACUGAAAAGGCUUCAUCAGAGCACUUUUUGGAACAUCCCGAGAGUAGGGGAAUGAAAAUACGAUUCCUACGCAACAAACGGUUCGAAAAUCGCAUCUCCCAAACUCAAGUUAUGAUGAAAUGAGUGAAAGAGGAAAAUUAGGGUUUGAAAGGUAAGGAUAAAGAAAUGAAAGUAUAUACCUUGAAAGAGACAUUUGCAUUUGUCACUUUGUUGUUUUCUGAAUACUGUUCAUUGCAGCGGAGCCCACAUAGCCAUCAUCAUGCCUUCACGACGACCGGAGCGUCCCACGAGGGUUGAGAUCCUGCGCCAGGCCGUGAUUGACGACGAGCCACUGGACGAGGUGAGUUGACUGAACAUUUGACUUUUGAUUUUCCGCAUUUUGACUUUUCUGUGAUCGUUUGCGGGCCUUGAAGGCUGACCCGGGCCCCACCCAGGGCGCCAUGGUCCCCCAAAUCCUACCUUUUGUCACACACUACGGAAUACGAAAGAGCCUAGAGGUAUCACACAAUUGGCUACUUCUUUUUGUGAAAGAGAGAGCCACGGGCUACCUAUUAGGGUUUCUAUUCCUUUGUUGUAAUUGAAAGGUAAGAUUAUGCAAGUCCAAUUCCUAACCCUAAAAUGUAAGUAUGAACUAACAACAAGAUUGCAAAAUUGAACUUAGACAAUGGAAAGCUGUAAACACAAGGAUAAAACAAGAAUAUAAAUGCGUACCUGGAGUCAAAAUCGGACUGAAAAUGUUCGGGACGGGGGCGCGGGCGCCACUGUCCUGAUUCUGCACCUGAAACUGCACCAGAAACUGCUGUUUUGCACUCUGGAACACUGUCGGAAACUGUCGAAAGUGCUGUCUGUCCGGAGGACCAGGGCGCCCAGCGCCUCUGUCCCAGGGACCAGGGCGCCCAGCGCCCCUGUCCUGGCAGGACCAGGGCGCCCAGCGCCCCUGUCUUGGUAUCUUGCUCUGCAAUUUGAUGCAAAGUGCUGUCUCGACCUGUUCUCUCCGGAUCUGUAUCCUGCGGCGUCGUCCGAGUCCCGAAACCUGCACUUAUAUCUGAAAAGGAUGUUUGGGCGGCUAUAUAGGGUUUUGCCUUAGUCAAACCCCCGCUUCGGUGAUUUCCACCUCCACGAAUAGCCAAGUUGUAUUGUAAAAGUAAUGUGUGUGCAGACCUUGUGUGUGUGCAAGAUCUAAAAUGCAAGUAAGCAAACUAGAGCAACCUAGAAAGUAAACCCUAAUUGCUUGUUAAUGAUAAUGUGAAUGCUCUAAAUCAAGAUGCAAAGUGAUCUAAAGCAUGAAUAAAUGAGAUAUUGAAGCUUAUGCCAAGACAUGAAAACAACAUGAAAUCAUACCCAACCCUCAAGGGAGGAGUACAAGCCAAUCUUCAGUCGGUGAUCUCUUAUUGUUCUUCAAUGUCUUCUAAGCCCUUAAUGAAUGAAUAGAAUUGAUAAAUGCUUGAUAGAGGGAUGUUGAAUGUUGUUGAAGUCUUCAAAGAUCUGCUCUUUCGCUGCAUAUGAGGUUCCUGAAAACAAAAUUCCGAUCCUUUCAAAUGAAGAAAGAGAGCUCUUAUGUAUGAAACCCUAGGUCGUAGUUUCGUCUUUUGGCCGACCUAGAGAUUGAAUCUCGCGCCAAUUUCUUGGGGUUAAGCUUCAUUUUAUGAUUGGAUCGCGCUCCUAAAAUUUCGGGAAAAAUGUCCGGGACCGUGUGCACUCCGGGCGCCACGGUCCCGACAACUUUUCACCAAAUUUUCAGGGCCGUCAGAUAUGAUGUUUUUAGAGAGAAUCCCGAAGUUACAGGUGAUUUCGAGAUGUUUUGACCCCCGAAAUCAAGCCCCCAAGUUCGAAAUAGGACUUAAUUAGGGUUUUCGAUUAGAUGAUGCAUUGGAGGAAUAAAAUGAAAGGGGCACGCUUUAAUGAAAGGGCCCGACUUUGUGAUGUGGAAGAUGAUGAAAUAGAACCUUUAGACCUAAUUAAUUUGAUUAAUUAAGUGCUAAAGGGGAAAUGAAAUGCAAAAUGCAACUGCGCCAAGGCGGGUGCUAAACUAGGUGUUAAAUUGUACCGCUUUAGCAAGUGCGUACAAUUUAUGACGUUACAUUUAGCCCCCACUUUAGCGGUCAUAAGAGUACUACGUGCAUAUGCAAGCUAAAGUACAGAAAAGUAAACAUCAUUUGAAAAAGGAUAUAUCCAUAAGUUGUCGGACGAAGCCCCCAGCGGUAUCUGCAGUACACAGUUAGGGACCGCACCCUACAAAACACACGUUAGAUCACAAAAUCACCUAAUGCUUACUAAAGAAAGUGAUGAAAUUUGUGAGUAGAUGUAUGCCCCCCCCUAUUUCGACUUGCUUAUCAGGGAGGUGAAAUAGGGUAGCACGUUUACUUGCGACAAAUUGUAUAAGAGAGCAUUGAUGAGGGACGUUCACUAAAUAGGCUUCAUCAGAGCACUUUUUGGAACAUCCCGAGAGUAGGGGAAUGAAAAUACGAUUCCUACGCAACGAACGGUUCGAAAAUCGCAUCUCCCAAACUCAAGUUAUGAUGAAAUGAGUGACAGAGGAAAAUUAGGGUUUGAAAGGUAAGGAUAAAGAAAUGAAAGUAUAUACCUUGAAAGAGACAUUUGCAUUUGUCACUUUGUUGUUUUCUGAAUACUGUGCAUUGCAGCGGAGCCCACAUAGCCAUCAUCAUGCCUUCACGACGAUCGGAGCGUCCCACGAGGGUUGAGAUCCUGCGCCAGGCCGUGAUUGACGACAAGCCACUGGACGAGGGCCUUCCGUACAUGAGAGAGCAUACAGAGGGACAUAUUCUUCGCAGUUUGCGAGAUCAGAUUCCGCGGCUGACUCAGGCAGAGAGAGACACAUUAUCGAUCGUGGGAUUAUGGUAUGUGAUCCUCAUGCCAGCCAUUCGGUUCCAUCCUGCAAUGCCGAUGGCAUUGAUGGAGCGAUGGGAUCCUGACACAUGCACAUUUCAUCUUCCAGUAGGGGAGCUGACGGUUACACUCGAGGAUGUGUACCGUAUACUUCGUCUUCCUAUCAGAGGAGCGACUGUUACAUACGCGACCGAUCGGUCAGCGGAGGAUCAUCAGAGGGAGCAGGUAUAUUGCAUAGGGAGAGUCAUGCCGAGCGAGACGAGAGGUCGCAUCAUGGUCAGCUGGCUCUUACAUCCUAUAGGGGAGGUACCCCUUCUGAGAUGCCUUAUGAUCGCCAUCAUAGCACUAGCCGUCUGCCCUAAUGGGCGAGGCACGCACAUGCAUGGGGGUCUCACAUGGUGCAUCAGAGCGAUGGAGAGACACAGGAGAGUGUAUGCUUGGGGUCGGAGUAUGCUUGCACAUCUCUAUCACGACCUUGAGGAGUAUGUAUUUGGACAGGGUUGCAGUUUGAUGACAUGCACACUUCUGCAGGUAUGGAUUUUAGAGCACUUCACAUGCACCAGGCCUGUUGGGUUUCCGCUGAGUACGGCUAGCGAGCGACCUAGGGUGUUUGCUUAUCCACUUACCAGCGAGUGGAGAUUUGGAGAUCUGUUAUAUUGGAGAGUGAUUUUUGAUAGACUGACAGCCGAGGUGACAGUGUGGAGACCUUACCUGCGGAUGCACAGAUGGGAUGGGAUGGAGAGACAGUUAGCAUGCUUACAGAGGAACCGCCUACUGCAGGGACGAUAUUCACACAUCAUAGUCCCUUUCUACUUUGACCGAGUAUGGAGGCAGUUCGGGCUAGAGCAGUGUGUUCCAGCUGAUGUGCCCAUCUAUACUCGACACUCACGGGUCCUUCCUAGACCUAGAGCAGUAGCGAGACCGACGAUAGAUGACAUUGAGACUACAGAUAUAGAGGGAUCUGAUCAGGAUGUAGUCACUGAUUAUUCUGCAGAGCUUGGAGCACAGCGCAGGUAUGUCUCAUGGUUUAUGAGAUCAUAUCCAGGUCCUAUCUUUCCACCGGAUCACCCGACAGGCCAUCCAGGCCCAUGGAGACAUGGAGACCAAGAUGAGGACCAGGGAUCCAGGUCAGAGGAGCCAGAGGAGGGAGAGGGUCAUGAGGAGGCGGGAGAUCCUGAUCCACCUACAGGCGAUCAGUCCAGCGCCGAGGAGGAGGAGGACACAGAUAGAGAUGAGGACGAGGAGGAGAGAACUGAUGAUGAGGAGAACGAGGAUGCAGAUGAGGAUGAGGAUGCAGAUGAGGAUAGAGAUGAUGAGGAGGAGUCAGAUGCAGCUCCUCACCAUUCAGGGGAUGAUACCAUAGCUCUGGAUCCUCCUCUUAUUCCCCAACAGGAGGAACAUGAGGCGAUACGGAGACCUGUUCCUAGUACCGUCCAGCCUACACCCAUCGUGCACAGAUUAGUCGAGCGAGGGGAGCCUAGUAGAUCCCAAUCAUAGAUGCUACCGUAUCAUGAUCCCUACUGGCGUGAGGGAGACCCAGCUAAUGUGCAGGAGUGGCGUUCCCUGAUUCAGCAAGCAGUGACAGACAUUUCCACGAUAGCACAGAUCCCCAGUUCCUCACAGAUUGCCUAUAGGCCUCAGGGGAACGCGGGUCGGCAUGAUGAUUUGUUUUCCCCUUUCCGAGUUCAGGUAGACAUAUGGAGGGAGAGAGAGAGAGUCCUAUCAGAGGACCUUCAGCGGGCGUGGCGAGAUCUAGCAGCAGCUCAGGCCGAGGCUACCACCUAUCGCGCGAUCCUUAUGGAUAGGGAUCGUAGGAGUUCCUCUCGGAGUCACUCACGGUCUGUAUCGCGCUACACACCCAUGGGUCCACCUUCACGGCCAGAUUAGGAGGGAGCGUCCAGUCGACACUCUCCAGCCACUAGUCCUAAGGAUAGGAGAUGAUUUUAUGAUGUAGGAGAGGUCACAUUUUAGAUGUAUAGUGACCUAUAUUUGUAUACGAUCCACAUAUAUAUAUGUAUAUAUACAUGCUUCUCUUUUGUCUCAAA